AUGGAGCAAGCCGCAGAGGCUCGUGCUUUGUUUUCUGGAGUCGGACAAUUCUCCAACUGUGUCAUCAAGAGCCUGCAAUUGGCUCUGAGUUGCAUGCACGAAACUUACGAAUUGUCACAGGCCCAGAAUGCAACCAACGACCGAGUCAAGGAGCAAUACACCUUAGCCAUCAAACAUGCCAAGCACCUCUUGGAUCGAAAAGACAAUGGAAUCGACCACCUUGAGCGAGUGUUGACUACGUGCACUCUCUUCGCGACAUAUGAAACGGUGGCUGGAAACUACUCUGCGGCUGCUGUACACUUUCAGAGUGGCCGGGAUAUUCUCAAGGAACAUUCCCACUCGUUGCCGGACCACUCCGACAAGAGCGCCCUGUGCGAAAUAUCCCACAUGCUUGCUCACCUCGAUAUGCAAGCAAUGGUCUUUGCUGACGAGUCCUCGCCGUACAAAUAUGACUCCAGUCCGCCAGAGCCUUUAGAGAUGGUCCCAAUCCUUGACUCUCUCACCAAAGCUAGAGAUGUCAUCGUCAACAUCAUCCGGCACGUUAUGUGGACGGUCAACAUUUUCGAAAUAUUUCAUCUCCAACUUCCCCGAUCUGAAGAGGUCACGAAUUUUGCGCCAACAUUAGUUGACGUGUAUUCAAGGCAAGCCGACUGUAUCCAAGCCAUUGAGAACUGGUGGCGAGCUUUUCAUACUCUGGACAUACGUCUUCAGGAGUCUCCAGGAGGACUGGUACUCCGCAUGCACGCCAUGUCGGCCCAGUUCCUUGUGAGGUGCUUAGGAAACCCUUCUGAAGCGGACUGGGAUGGCUACAUGAGCCAAUUUCAAGAGAUUGUGAGGAUGGGAGAGAAGCUGCCUUCUCAACCCCAAGGAGCAGAAUCUGGGACAACACCGGGAGGUGCUCCAAGUUGGACAUACCGAGGCCCCGCAUUCACACCUAUUCCCGAGACCGGCCCCAUCAUGCCUCUGUUCCUCACCGCGAUCAAAUGCCGCGAUCCACUCCUGAGGCAAAAAGCCCUCGACAUCUUGCAUUCGAUCAAUCGAAAAGAAAGCGCGUGGGAGAGUCUCGCUGCGGCCAAAGUAGCCACAUUGGUCAUCGAGGCUGAGGAAGGCCUGGUUAGUGGCCCGGUAAAUCGAGCUAACGAUGUCACAGAUGAUAAGAGAUGUGCUUAUAUGAAGCUUCUUGUUCGGAUGCGCCAACGGGAAAUUGACAUGCAGGCAUACAUGAGAAAUGGAACGAUGUUAGCGACGCAAUUAAGUCGAGACAGCACUGCCCGUGUUCAGGCUUUUCGACCUGUGCGAGAAUUAUAG